AUGGCCAACAAGGGUGCGCUGACGGCAGCGGCAGCGAUUCUGCUCCUCGUGCUCGUACUCUUUCAGGCCAUCCCCACUGAUGCAGCUCGCCGGAUGGCGCAGGGUUUGGGCCUCCUCUUGUUCGCCUAGUCGAGAUCCAUGUUUCUUCUUCGAUUCUGCAUGACCGAGUAUGUUUUCACUGGAGAACUAAUAUAUAUGUCUCUGUUUGCAUGAUCAUGCAGAGUUAGCGCCCGCAGCGCCGCCCCCACCCCCCAGGAACUUGGUUCCGAUUUGUCAACGUUGUUUCUUUCCUCCGGCACCUGUUUUUUACUGUCCAGCCUGCCUCUGUUGCUCUCCGAAGCCAGCGUUCGGGUGCUGCAAGUGCUGCACCGGACCGAUCGAGACCUUCGGGUCGCCGCAUCCGUGA